AUGCAACACCUCCGAGCCAGCUCGCUGUUUCAACCUUCGAACCUUUCGAAAGCGAUACGAGACACUCUCGACCCUUCCUCGCGAGGACCGACUCACCUAUUCGGAUCUAUCAUGGCAUUUCCUCACCAUGUCGUUGCCCGGUCCGUCGCUGUGCUUGGGUUUGACUUCGUGUUGAUAGAUGCAUUGCACACAGCAAUCGGCCCCGAGAACCUGAUUCGACUCGUGCAGACCGUGAAUCUUGCCAGCGAAGGUAGGACCUGUGCGAUUGUUCGCGUACCAAAUGAGCAUUCAUAUUUAUUGACUCAUGCAUUGGAUGCCGGUGCUGCCGGAAUCGUAUUUCCUCACAUUGAUACGCCGCAACAGGCCCGCAUUGCCGUUUCAAAGACAAAAUACGCGUACUCAGGCGGCGAGCGUUCUCUCUCCCCUUCAGCGCUGAUUGCUGGGGCGAGCGACAUGGCACCGGAGGGGUCUUCACACGAGCGCGUGGCUGAUGAGCAUGUCGCCGUCAUCUGUCAGAUCGAGAGCAAGCUCGGACUUGAAAAUGCGGAAGCUAUUGCGUUAACGCCUGGUGUGAGCUCGUUGAUGCUCGGACCUGGUGAUAUGCGCGUCUCCCUGGGCCUGCCGUCGAAGCGAACUGGGGCCUUCGACAGUCCCGAGUACCUCAAGGUGGUACAGCGCCUGAUUGCCGUCUCCGAAAGGCACCAUGUCCCGCUCAUGACCGUCACUUUCAAGACGUCAGCCAAGACCGACAGCUGGAUUAGCAAAUUCAGGCUACUCCUGACAAGUGCGGAUGUGAUCAGUGUCAGUAAUGGUCAUCGGCAGGAUUUGAGCAGCACGAAACAGAUCUUGCGCGAUUAUGGGUACGAUGAGCGUAAUUAG